AUGGCUCGUCUGCUGAAUAUCUUCGCAACCAUCGCCGGUGUCAUGAGCAUCCAGGCUGAUCCUUUCGCUGAUGAUCUAGUUGCAAACUUCACGGCUCUCCUUGGUAAUCCGGAUGUCCACAAGUUCAUAGACAAAGCUCUGAUGGAUGCUCCUGCACCGCCCAAACCCAAUAGUCGCGAGCUGGAGGAGGUUCACGUAGACGGAGACCUUGCAGGUGGGAGGAGGCACUACCCGUUCUGUUCUAAAUGCAAGACCAUUCACAGUACGGCCAUCAACGCGUACUUCAUCCAGCAGAUCACUGAGAUUUGCCGGAGACCUGUACCUGGUUCCUUACUCAUUGACGAGUUCUGUACUCACCUCAAGAAGAGAAUCGCCUCGCUCGAUCAGGUCUUGAACGGUUACAUCUUCGUGCGCUCUCGUGCUCUUCAAUUAGCGACCACUGCAUGCAUCGGCACUAAUCAGUGUCCAACCCAUGAUGCCUACAACGCUUUCCUCAAUCCUAUCGUCCCCGGACGACUCGUUGACUUCACCAGAUUCUACUACUACCCAAGUAGACCUUUUCGCAAUGUUAGGACUUGUUUUGAUGAGCUAUUAAGGGAGAUGCUAGACUUCGCCUACCACAGGGUGAAGCAUGCAUGUGAACGCUAUGAAAAUGAGGAUCCAGAAGAGCUCUGCGGGUAUGUUGCAGCUGAUAGCCACUUCGGCCGAGGUCUGAUCGUCGGGUCUGUGGGUAUCGCCAAGCUGGCCACUGGUUAUUGUGUUCGCGACCAAUGCAGUGAGUUCCUAUAA